AUGGGCAAUUGCCUGAGAUGCAGAAAUAUCGAUUCUUCAGUUGAUGUUGGGAAUAGUGACGCGCAAUUACGACUAGAAACUGAGAGACGACGUAGUCGUUUACCCCCAUAUUUUGAGAAUGAUCCAAUUAUGCAUCCUACUCCUGGUGUCUCACGACCUAUGUCUCAGUUAACUGAGGAAGAACAAGUAAGAAUCGCCACACGUAUGGGCUUGAUUUCCACACUACCAUUGUUUAAAUUCGAUGAAUCGAAGAGAGAGAAACUAUUUGAAUGUAUAAUAUGUAUGUGUGAAUAUGAAGAAGGUGAAGAACUUCGUUAUCUUCCGUGUUUACAUACAUAUCAUCGUGUAUGUAUUGAUGAUUGGUUAAUGCGUGCAUUAACAUGUCCUUCAUGUUUAGAAGAGAUACGUCCUAAUUCACCAGUAAAAAUUCGUUCUAAUAUUAAUAGUCAAAAUACUAUUCAUAACAAUCAUAAUAAUAAUAAUGAAUCAUCAGAGAAUAAUAAUAAUAAUGUUGUUUCACAAAGGAAUGAUAAUUCUGUGCCUAUUUCAUGUCAUCCACAACAUAAUAGUCAAUCAAUACAUGAAUAUAAUAGAAGAACUAGUAUUACUGAACGACGUUCUAGAAAUGUACAAUCAUCAAAUGUAUAUACAAAUUCAGAAACUGUUCAACGUAUAAUUCUGGAACGGUUAAAACCUCAAAAUAAUAAUAAUGAUACUACUGUUGUUGGUGACGUAUCCGAUCGUAAUUAUAAUAUUUCUCAUAUGAUUAGACAUCGUCAACAUCAUCAUCAUCAACUUCAACAACAUCGACGUACACGAUCCAUUGGUCCUAGUAGAAGAUCAUAUUCUAUGAAUGCAUUCAAUGUAACAUUGCCUUAUGGUUAUCGUCGUGGUAACAGUGUUACAGCAAUUGAUAUGCUUAAUUCUGUUAUACAAACAACUGAUGAUAAUACAUAUUCAAUAAAUAAUAAUUAUAUUUAA